GGAUAUUUACAUCGUCAAAAUCUCACUUCUUAAAACUAUUUUUUUUUUUUUUGCCCUCCUCCUAAUAAGAGUGAACGCUUGUGGGUGAUAACAAAUCUCAUUAAGACAUUUAAAUACUGCUAUAGCUUCUGCAACCUUCGAUUAUUCAAAAGCAAAUUCGGCACGUGUGGAAACAAUCGAACGUGAUUUUCACUCAUUUGCAUCACUAACCAGUGAAAACGCUGCACGGGUGAUUGAUUUUAGCACGUUGGUGCCUGGAAGUAGUCUCUCCGGUGGAGACGCAGCGUUGUUUACUGAUCAAAUCGAGAUCGUCGCGAGGUAGACGGGCUCGUGGAAGUUUUGAUUCUUGACCUAUCGCAACCUACUAAACCAGUCUAGAGCUCAGGCAAAUCAAAUACCGGCAGACAUUGUGAUGAAUGCGAAAUGUCCGUUGAAUGCGGCAACAUAAGGUGCAACUUAAUCGUCAUAAAUUUGAUGACAUCGCCACUGGCGGCAGUGCAUCGUGAGCCUGCUGAAGCGACGGAUCCGGCAAAAUCAGCGAAAACUGUCUACGCCGCCACCGUAAAGUACACAGCUGCUGCUGUUUUUUUUUUUUAGGUUAUAUAAGAGAGUGCAACGGUUUGGCUGCGUUGGUGAUCUUAAUUUAGUUUAGCGUCGUGCGAUCGGGAACAAAUUUCAUCAAAAUGCAUUUCACACCGAUUCAAUAUUUACUACUCGCAUUGCUUGCAUUUGGCUGUCGUCUCACGAGCUGCUCCAAGAUACUGGUGCUUGUUCCAUUUCCUGCGCCAAGCCACUGGCUUUGGUUGGAUCACUUCGUCCAAGAAAUGCUGCACCGUGGCCAUCAGGUAACGGCCGUUACCAACUUUCCCUCCAAAACCCGAAAUCCCAACUACACGGAGAUACUGAUCGAUCCACCCUACGACAUACCGCACUACUUUCCCAUAUCGGACAUAUUCGACUCCAAGUACAGCAGUGACUGGUCGAAUCUGAUGCUCUACUGGAAGGCGGGCCUCACCACGACGCAAUAUGCCCUGGAAAACGUCAACGUGCAGCAGUUCAUCGAGCAGGAUGACACUGACUUUGAUUUGGUCAUUUCGGAGCAGUUCUACCAGGAGGCGUUCCUGAUGUUUGCCCACAAAUACCGGGCCCCCAUCGUGACUAUAGGAACCCUAGGUCAUGCGGACUUUAUGGACCGAGCGAUGGGACUGCUGACCCCAUGGUCCUUCGUCCCGCAUCCGAUCUUGCUGUACGUGGAUGAUAUGACAUUCAGUCAGAGGUGCUACAAUUUUCUACUAUCGCUGACCGAUGCUGUGAUACGCAAGUUCUACUAUCUACCGCGGCAGGAUAAACUGGCCAAGAAGUACUUUGCCGCCAUCGAAGGCCCAGAAUCCUUCCCCUCCGUGUACGAACUGGAAAAGUCCAUCUCGGUAAUGCUAAUCAACAGUCACAUGUCAACCUCACCACCGCGACCUUCGAUAACCGGCCUGGUAAACGUAGCAGGUGCUCAUAUCAAGCCAGCCAAACCGCUCCCGGUGGAUAUCCAACGGUUCCUGGACGGUGCCACCGAGGGAGCCAUUUUCUUCAGCCUAGGAUCGUACGUAAAGAGUUCCGACAUGCCCAAGGACAAACUGAAGGCAUUUUUCGAAGUGUUUCGAAACUUAAAGCAAAGGGUUCUGUGGAAAUUCGAGGACGAAUCGAUGGUCAAUGUUCCGAAGAACGUGAUGAUCCGAAAGUGGUUGCCGCAAAGUGACGUUUUGGCUCAUCGGAAAAUCGUACUGUUUAUAACCCACGGUGGUAUGUUCGGUAGUCAGGAAGGAAUCUUCCGAGGAGUGCCGAUGUUGUUUAUUCCAUUCUACGGAGACCAGCAUCGUAAUGCCUUGAAGGCGGAACGGGCUGGGUACGCGUUGACGCUGAACUUUGCCGAUGUUAAUGCCAUCACGUUGGGAUCGAGAAUCAAUGAGCUGCUCACGAACCCGACUUACACUCGGCUGGGGAAGAAAGCUUCCGAACUGUUCCGGGAUAAUCUCGUCCCCCCGAUGGAGGAAGCCAUGCACUGGAUCGAGUACGUCAUUCGUCACAAGGGUGCCAAACAUUUAAAGGCUACAUCGGUGGACCUCAGUUGGUGGCAGUACUUGAUGUGGGACGUGGUUGCAUUUUUCGCUGGCACUCUAGUACUCUCUACUUACAUCAUUUACAAAAUCUUAACUGCAUUUUGCGAAAAAUCAACCAAGCACAAAUCGAAAGACCAGAAACGAAACCUCAUUUCACCUAAAGCGAAGAAUAGCAAGAAAGUGAAGAACACCUGAACGGUUAUUAAUCGAGAACAAA